AUGUUCUCUCUGCUGUUUCUGUGCCUCCUUCUGCAGGUGUCAGUCUCCCUGUGCAGAGAGAAAAGGACCCACUGCUGCCUAGAAAGGACUUUCUGCCCCACAUACAGACAUGGGGAUCUUGUUAUUGGGGGAUUUUUUCCUCUACUUUUAUAUAAAUUGAGCAAAUUUCCAUAUUGGAAAAUGUUUAGGCAACACCCACGACACAUUUCUAAAGAAUAUCAGUGGCUGCCCAAACACUACUAUCAGGUCCUGGCUUUGAUGUUUGCUGUAGAAGAGAUCAACAGGAAACCCAAUCUGUUACCCAACAUUACCCUGGGAUUCCACAUCUACAAUGCCUAUCGCAGUGAUGAGAGGACCUUGGAGAGUUCCCUCAUGUGGCUGUCAGGCCAGCGACGCACCAUUCCAAAUUACUGCUAUUAGAGGCAGGGCAAGUCUGUAGCAAUCAUUGGAGGAGCCACUUCUGAAUUAACUGUUGCCAUCGGACCCCUGCUUGAGCUCUAUAAGUUCCCACAGGUCACCUAUGGUCUCUUUGAUCCACUCUUGAGUGACCCAAUACAGUUUCCUUCUGCCAGGGACACAUUUCUUCCCCUUGGCAUGGUCAAAUUAAUGCUGCGUUUCAAAUGGACCUGGGUGGGACUGGUUACCUCAGAUGAUUCAAGAGGUGAGAAAUUCCUCAGGAAUCUUCAAGAAGAAAUGGUCAGAAAUGAUGUCUGCGUGGCUUUUAUAGAGAGGAUCAUCACUGGGCAGUCACUGGAUCUGGAAAAGUCUAGAGGUUUUAUGGGCAGAAUGUCAUUUUAUACAGCCAAGGUGAUUGUCAUUUAUGGAGAUACAAAUUCACUCCUCAGCCUGAUGUUUACCAAGAAUCUUCAUCACAUUCUAAGAAAAAUGUGGAUCACCAGCAGUCACUGGGAUAUUUCCAAAAAACCUAGUUAUUCCUAUUUUGGUUAUUUCAGUGGGGCUCUGAUAUUGUCAGAUCAGACAAGUAAGAUUCCUGGGUUCAAACAUUUUCUGAAAACCAUUAACCCUGUCAAGUACCCAGAGGAUAUUUUCCUCAAGAACUUCUGGAACACAGCUUUUGGAUGUACAUAUAAACCUGGAAAGGAAGACGAAGGCAUCUGUUCACCAAAUGCUUCCUUGGACACACUACAUUUCAGUUAUUUAAACAUUGCUAUGUCUGCCCAGAGCUACGCUGUCUACAAUGCUGUGUAUGCUGUGGCCUGGGCCCUUCAUGAAAUGUCCUUGGUGAGAUUAGAAAUGGAAUCCAAUAUAGAUGGAGACAACAGAGUUGUUUACCCCUGGAAGCUCCACUCCUUUCUGAAGAACCUCCAGUUUAACAACAGUGCCGGGAACCAGGUGGUCUUGGAUAACAAGAGGAACUUAGUGAUGAGCUAUGAUAUUCUCAAAUAUGUGACCUUCGAUAAUGAUACUGAAGUUCUGGUGAAAGUGGGAGAGUUUAGUGCUCAAGCUCCACUUGGCCAAGAUUUCACCAUCCAAGAGAAGUCAAUAGAGUGGCCUGAGUUUGGUAAAAAGGCUCCUCACUCCAGAUGCAGUAAAAGCUGUGGCCCUGGAUUUCAGGUAAAAGCCAACGAGGGAAAGCCCAUCUGCUGUUUCGACUGUGCCCCAUGCCCAGAGGGUCAGAUUUCCAAUCAAACAAAUGUAGAUCAAUGCAUGAAAUGCCCUGAAGAUCAAUAUCCCGAUAAGGAAAGGAAUCAGUGCCUCCCCAAAGUGGUGACCUUCAUGGACUAUGAAGAACCCUCGGGCGUGACUUUGGCCUCAACAUCUGUUGGCUUCUCUCUCCUCACAGCUCUGGUCCUCUGGAUCUUUGUGAAGCACCAACACACCCCCAUAGUGAAAGCCAAUAACAGGGAUCUCAGCUACAUUCUCCUCAUCUCCCUUAUCUUCUGCUUCCUCUGUUCUCUGCUCUUCAUUGGCCACCCAACUGCAACCAAUUGCCUCCUAAGACAAACAACAUUUGGAGUCAUGUUCACAGUGGCCAUCUCCUCUGUUUUGGCCAAAACCAUCACUGUGGUUCUGGCCUUCAGAGCCACCAGGCCAGGCAGCAAGCGGAAAUGGGUCAGCUCCAGAGUACCCAUUUCAGUCAUCUUUUGCACCUUGAUUCAAGUCAUGCUCUGUGGAAUCUGGCUGCUGCUCUCUCCCCCAUUCCCAGAGACAGACACACACUCUGACCAUAAGUACAUCAUCCUGGAGUGCAAUGACGGCUCCCUCAUUGCCUUCUACUUUGUCCUGGGCUACAUGGGGUUCUUGGCCCUGGGGAGCUUCACUGUGGCUUUUCUGGCCAGAAAUCUCCCUGACACCUUCAAUGAAGCCAAGUUCAUCACCUUCAGCAUGCUGGUGUUCUUCAGUGUCUGGGUCACCUUCCUCCCCACAUACCAGAGCACCAAGGGGAAGAUGAUGGUGGCCGUGGAGAUUUUCUCCAUCUUGUGUUCCAGUGUUGGCUUGCUCGGCUGCAUCAUCCUUCCCAAAUGCUCUGCGAUCCUUCUGCAGCCACAGAGGAACACCAAGAAAAUGUUAAAGAAUAUUUCCAGUUCCUGA